AGGAGGCCGCUCGCGGGGACCUGAAUGUCCGGGCUGCGGGCGCUGCUGGGACUGGGGCUGCUGGUCGCCGGCUCGCGCCUCCCGCGCGUCUUGGCUCGAGGUGGGCCCCACUGCCCGGGGCCUGCCUGGUGGGGGGCAAGGCAGAUGCACCCAGGGGACUCCACCAUGGCGGGCAAAACCCUUAAGUACUUGAGCCAGGAGGAGGCCCAGGCUGUGGAUGAGGAGCUAUUCAACGAGUACAAGUUUAGCGUGGAUCAACUCAUGGAGCUGGCUGGGCUCAGCUGUGCCACUGCCAUUGCCAAGGCAUACCCACUCAGUUCUUUUGGCAGCAGCCCCCCAGCAGUCCUGGUUAUCUGUGGUCCUGGAAACAAUGGGGGUGAUGGCCUUGUCUGUGCCAGGCACCUCAAACUCUUUGGCUAUGAGCCAAAGAUCCAUUAUCCCAAGAAGCCAAGCAAGCCACUCUUUGAUGCUCUAGUGACACAGUGUCAGAAGAUGGACAUCCCUUUUCUGCCUGAGAUGCCACCUGAGCCGAUGCUGAUUGAUGAACUAUAUGAACUGGUGAUAGAUGCGAUCUUUGGCUUCAGCUUUAAGGGUGCUGUGCGGGAGCCAUUUGGAGCCAUCCUGAAUGUGCUGAGUGGGCUCACAGUGCCUAUUGCCAGCAUUGACAUCCCCUCAGGGUGGGAUGUGGAGAAGGGGAACCCAGAUGGCAUCCAGCCUGACUUACUCAUCUCACUCACAGCCCCCAAAAAGGCAGCCACUCUGUUCAAAGGGCGACACCACUACUUGGGGGGCCGCUUUGUGCCAUCUGCCUUACAGGAGAAAUACCAGCUCAACCUACCGCCUUACCCAGCAACUGAUUGUGUCUUGCAACUGCAGUGAAGAAAGACUGGUGUGUCCCCAAUAAAGACUGAGUUUAUUUUUGGUCUGGA